GCUGCCACGUGCACGGCGCUGCACACCCCGCAGCCCCUGCAUGCAACAGCCAGGCCCUCCAAGGGAGCAGGGGGAGAAAAACCAGAGUGCUUGCAGGGUGCAGUGGCACUGCCCCGCUUCCCAGGGGUGCAAACGCCAGCAUCCUCCCUGAUGCCAGUGGUACCCGCCUCAAGCAUCCUGGGUCCCAAAAUAAGCGCUUUGGGAUGCGGUGGAGGAAACGUUACGGGAUGUCGGCGUUGAGAGUACGUGUGGUAGGUGAAGCGGAGAAGGGAGAGAGGAAUCGCCGCGGCCUGCUCGUUCUGGGAUUUGCGGCUCGAGGAUCGGACCCUUUGAGGCCUGUCCAUGAGCGUCCUCGAGUCGAGGGGAUGCUGACGAUGAACGAAGGACCCCGCUGCCUUCUUCCAGACGUUCAAAUAAAAAAGAAACGUGGGAACGAGGUGCAAGGGGUGGGGGAAGAACCAACUGGGCAGUCGACAGCCGAUCCACGGCAGGCGCUUGUAACAGCGAUUUCCUACAACUACUGGACCUAGCCGGCAUCCUGCUCAAACCCUAACUCCGGUUUUGUGGAGGGGAAGAGCAGUGUUCCUUUAAGAAGUGUUGCCACUUUUGUUGCCAAGGGACAGCCCGUCUCCCAGCAACAGGUGACACAAGGACCGGGAGCUGCUGUAGUACCCGGCACUUCCCCGCUUCUUUGUCCAGCCGGAUCCGUGUUUAGGCCUCAGCACAACAUGUCCCAGGGGCGUCUGCUGGAAGCAGAGCCCCCCUGUAAGAAGGAGACGGAGCAGGGCCCGUCGCAGAGAACCAGCGAUUAUUACCGAGUGAAUGACAGUUUGCCAGCCAGGUUCAACCACCCAGGAUGGUUUCGGGGCUACAGGACAAAAGAGCCCAAUCCACUGUACAGAACCACCAACCAGACGUAUGGAAGCAGAGCACCUACCGUACAUGAAAUGCCAACCUCCUUUUAUGUCUGCUCACAUGAAUUUUCAAAAAAACUGGGACAGUGCGGCAUGUACAGGAGUAAUGGUCUCAACACCGCCAUGGAGAAAAGUGAUGUCACGGGGCCAGAUAACUUCAUCACCUUUUACGACAGACUCAACUUUCACCCCAGUUACAACAGCAGUGGGCCAUCCUACUGUCAGUAGGUUUUCAGCCCGCAUGACUGCAGUCUGAAACCUCUCCUUCAGUUCAGUGUCAACUGCCUGGUUAAAAACAAGCAAGCUGCUUAGCAAUAUACCACUGCUUUCACCUGCCAUACAAAGCUCAUCAGUAUGAAUACAGGCUUCUUUUACGUGUCAUUAAAGUCUCAUUAAGCUGCAAUGGGAAUCUUUUAUUACAACAUCCAGCUUCAGGUGACCUUGUUGCCAGUGAGCGUAGACUCAAUGAUAGCACAGCAGAGUGGAAAUGAAUGGCUCUGAACAUAGAAUAAAACAGGUAAAUGAGCUGAUGUCAAACCUGCAGUGAGACUAGUAAGUGUAACAUAUUGC